AUGUUGUUGGUCUACUUCAACCUCUACGUAGUUUCUCUGUUGGAUUCUACUCGAGAGAGGCGGAAAAAUGGUGUUAUCAAAAUAUUUAUUGCUGUUGUUUUUUGGCUGUCGCUGAGCUUAUUGAUUUUAUAUAACAAUAACAACACAGAUCAGGAAAGUAUUAUUGUUGCUACCGUAACUCCGGGAAAUCUGCUCCCCAGCGCUUGCGGUGGUCGCAAAGAGAUCGUUCACGUUGGUGGUAGACUUCCAUGCAACGGUAGUGUACACAGAAUGCUGAAUCUUACUGAAUCUGCUGCAAUUAACAGCGGAGCGAAGCUCAUUGUAUGGCCAGAAGCCUGGCUUAGUGGUUUCAACGACCAACAGAGUCUACAACUGUUCUUGGAUAAAGAAAUUGCCCCCGUUGUUAAACGACUUGGCGUUAUUCUCACAUUUGGUGCAACGGUUAAGCCUUGUGAAAAUCUUGCCGUCACUAUUGAUAACGGAGGUUCUAUUGUAAGUGUUUACGGAAAACAAUGCCCGUUUUGGAUAGCCGGUGAGAAAAGUUCUGCAAAAUAUGGUUUCCCGGUUUUCGAGCUCCCCAGUGUGCUCAGUAGUUCCCGACCGGAAUUAUCAGUGACCAACACUCUAGGAAAAGCCAGUACACUCAUUUGUUAUGAUAUGGAUUUCCCCGCUACUGUAAGAACAGUUGCUGGUCUCGGUGCGUCCAUAAUAGUGAAUCCCUCGAACGAUUGGAGCUCUAUGAGGAACCACUACGGUGUUAGUGUAUUUCGAGCGAUCGAAAAUAACAUUCCCAUUGUGAAAGCCGACGGGGCUUGGGACUCAGCGAUCAUCGAUGGUUCUGGAAAAAUUUUAACGGAGUUUCAAAGCAUUGAAGCUAUUGAAAAAGUUCUGGUGGCUAAAGUGAACCUCAAGGGUAUGUCUACUAUUGCUACUCUACUUGGUGAUCUAAUACCGUUACUGUGUUGUUCGUAUGUGGUUGUGAUUAUUAUGAUCAUUUGUGGUAGAACGUUGAGUGGACUGCUACAGAGCUGGAAAGAGCGACGACGAAGUCGAUCUCUGUAUGCGCCGAUUCUUGAUGGUGAAACUCCGUGA